GAAAGCUUACUCGAUAGAUAUUGUCUUCAUCUGAAUCGCAGGCUGAGUCGGUUUCGUGGACCGGCUGCUCUUCUUUCUCUUCCAGCCCUUACUCCGCUUCAUUCCAAAUUUCAUUCCUCAGUGAAUGUUGAAUUUAGGCAAAGGGCAGCAGCAAAGUCAUCCCCAAAGUUGCUACCAUGGAUUUUGAUGAGUAUGAGUACCUAGAAAAAACUGUUGAGAACCCUGAAUUGUCAAAGAAAUCUCUUAAUGGAGAAGUCAUAAAGUCAGGAGGUGAUGGGGACUGCAAAAACUCAAGGGGCCGGGAAGAUGAGAGUGGCCGAGAAACUGAGCUUAGGUCUACUAAGAGGGCGAGAUCAGAGGAAGGAUCGCAUGAGAAUGGAAGGUCUUCUCGUGAUGAUGAGCGUGAGCGUGAGCGACACAGAUUUGAGAGAGAUAGGGAGAGAGAAAAAGGCCGAGAUGAGAGAGAUAGGGAGAGAGAAAAAGGCCGAGAUGAGAAAGAUAGGGAGAGAGAAAAAGGCCGAGAUGAGAAAGAUAGGGAGAGAGAAAAAGGCCGAGAUGAGAAAGAUAGGAAGAGGAGCAGCAAAGAGCAUUCUGACCGAAGCUCAAGGGAUAGAGAUAGAGCUUGGGAAAGAGACAGAAAUAGAGAUAGAGGGAGAGGCAGAGUCAGGGAGGACAGAAAUGGAAGAGAGAAGGAUAGUGAGAGGGGGAGAGAUAUAUACAAGGAACGUGAUCGUGAAGGGGAAAGGGAGAGGGAGAGUGAGCAAGAGAGAUCACGCAGAAGCAGCAGCAAUUCUGGAAAGCACCGUGAUCGUGAUAGGGAGGCUGAACGAGAAAAAGAGUUGACAGAAAGAGACAAGGAUAAGGACAUAAGAGAUAGAGACAGCAGGCACUUCAAAGAUAAGAAGGAACAACCAGAACCUGAAGCUGACCCUGAACGAGAUCAAAGAACUGUCUUUGCAUACCAGAUUUGCUUGAAGGCUGAUGAAAGGGAUGUUUAUGAAUUCUUUUCAAGGGCAGGCAAGGUAAGGGAUGUUCGUCUUAUCAUGGACCGAAAUUCAAGACGUUCAAAGGGAGUUGGAUAUAUUGAAUUUUAUGAUGCAAUGUCUGUGCCAAUGGCAAUAGCACUUUCUGGUCAAAUGCUAUUUGGACAACCAGUGAUGGUUAAGCCAUCUGAGGCUGAAAAGAAUCUUGUUCAACCUACUCCUGCAGGUGGACAAGGUGGCCUUAUUGGGCCUUAUUCAGGGGGUGCUAGACGAUUGUAUGUUGGGAAUCUACAUUUCAACAUGACAGAAGACCAGCUUCGGCAGGUCUUUGAACCUUUUGGCCAUGUGGAGUUGGUACAAUUGCCUCAUGAUCCAGAGACAGGGCAUUUCAAAGGUUUCGGGUUUGUACAGUUUGCACGUCUCGAGGAUGCAAGAGCUGCUCAAAGUUUAAACGGACAGCUUGACAUUGCUGGCAGAACUAUCAAGGUUUCAGCUCUCUCUGAUCAAGUCGGAAUGCAAGAUGUUGGGGCAAAUGCUGCUGACUUUGAUGAUGAUGACGACGGCGGUUUGUCCCUCAAUGCUCGUUCCAGAGCCAUGCUGAUGCAGAAAUUGGACCGUAGCGGUGCUGCAACAAGUAUCGCUGGUUCACUUGGCACACCCGCUGUGACUGGCCCUGCAGUAAGCUUACCAUUACCGGCAGCUAAUCUUCUCGGGAGUGCUCCCUUGGUUUCCCCCCUCAUCUCUACACUUGGACAGCCUUCUGUGGCUGGUCUUAGUCUACCUAUAGCUGCUGCGAUUGCAUCACCUGUCAUUUCCAUUGGAGUGCCUAGUGAAUGCCUUCUUCUGAAGAACAUGUUUGAUCCUAAGGCGGAGACAGAACCUGAUUUUGAUGUUGAUAUCAAAGAAGAUGUCCAAGAGGAAUGCUCCAAGUUUGGCACGUUGAAGCACAUUUUUGUUGACAAGAUUAGCGAGGGGCAUGUGUAUUUGCGAUUUGACAGUGCUACUGCUGCCAUUGGUGCUCAGCGUGCUAUGCAUGGAAGAUGGUUUGCUGGCAAGAUGAUCACAGCAACUUUCAUGCUACCUCAAAAUUAUGAGGCGAAGUUCCCCAACAGCAAGUGAGCAGACAGUUGGAGGCGGGUGAGCUGUUUUACAUAUGGCCUGAUGGACAAUUUCCGGUGUCUGGAUGCCUGGACAACAGACCGUUAUUGGUUUCUUUUAUACAUUUUGCUUGGUCUUAGAAGACGUCUUUUGAGGUCCUUUUUUGUAAUGCUGGGGGGAGAGAAGAAUGAUUUUUGGUUGACGUUGCUUAGCCAGGGGGAUUCAAUGGUCUGUAUGUCCUUGAUGCAAGGUGCCUACCCUUAUGUUUAAUUUUUGCACCCGUAUUUGCGGGCCUAGCACUCUGUACAUGCUUAAUUGUGUUCGUUAAGGAAUUUAAUUGGUUGGGCAGUUAGGGCCAUA